AACAAUUGUUCCGUUUUAUGCCCCCAUUCGCUAAACCAGUCCAGCCAGACCUUGAGUUUCCUGUUUAGCAGAUGGCACAGUAAAUAAAGACUUAGCCAUCAGUCUGCAGGAUAAAUUUAAGUCCUUCCGUUCUAGCUCAAAGUAGGACGUCGCUGCUGUGUCUCAAGAGAUAGCGAGUGAGUCAGACGUUGCUAAACACCAGGGACUAGCUUAGCUCCACAUCCCAGCAGGUUAUGCUCUUCAUCACAAACUCUCUUCUAAAAAACAUUAAAGUCCUCUAUAGUAUCCGGCUGCUGCACUUCUCUCCAGUCACCAAAAUGCCGAUUCAGGUUGGUGAAUCUCUUCCUGCGCUGGAGGUCCAGGAGGGUGAGCCUGGGAAUAAAGUGGCAAUGGAUCAACUCUUUAAGGGGAAAAAGGGGAUUCUUUUUGCCGUGCCGGGAGCUUUUACUCCUGGCUGCUCUAAGACUCACCUUCCAGGUUUUGUGCAGCAAGCUGAGGACUUAAGAGGUAAAGGGAUCCAGGAGAUAGCAUGCAUUUCUGUCAAUGAUGCAUUUGUCAUGGCUGCAUGGGGAAAAGAGCACGGAACAGACGGCAAGGUUCGAAUGCUGGCUGAUCCCACUGGAGCAUUUACAAAAGCAGUCGACCUUGUUCUUGACAGUGAUCAGAUUGUGCAGGUACUGGGUAACAAGCGUUCCAAGAGAUAUGCAAUGCUGGUGGAAGAUGGGGUUGUGAAGAAGAUCAACGUGGAGCCGGAUGGCACUGGACUGACCUGCAGUCUCUCCUCCAACAUUCUAGCUUUGCUGUAGGCUUAUGCUGAGCUUAUUAAACCAAAAUUACUGACCUUGAGUUGUAGUGAAAGUUGCACCAAUAAAGCUUGCCUUCAACUGUUGCAUACCAGAGAAUGAUGGCAGGUGACAAAUACGCACAAUUACUUAAAAAACCUCAAUUCCAUAUAUACUGUUACAAAUGUGAGAAUAAAUGUUGUCAUAAAGGA